AUACAGCUAUUGGGCGAACGGUUUUUCAAGAGGAGCACACUCGGAAUACUUCGAUCCAAUGAUGAAUACUUUUGAGAACACCUUCAUCCGGGGACCCUCGCCGUCCUAUUCCGACGAUGCCAACUCGGAGAACGCGCUGUCCGUCACCCUGCCCAUCGGAGCAGCGGUCGCGGAUCUGGACUUCUGCCGCGACGACUCCAAGACGGAUACGGGUGACUACUUCGACGAGAAGUACAACAGCGACAGCUGCUCGCGCCUGCAUCCCGGUCACCAAGGGCGCAACACCUUCGCCUUUUGGACCAUAGUGGUUCUCCUUUUGGUCCUGACCGUGGGCAAUCUGAUCUUGACCCUCACCAUUGUGGGUGUGCUGCGGCUGGGCAAAGGUGUCCAGGGCAUGGAGGUGAUUCCCGAGGUGGAUGUGGUCAAGUUCUAUGGCUCCACGGACCUGGAGCGGGUGCAGACCAACUCGAUUGGGCAGAUUCACGGCUUCUCCGACGUUCCGGUGACCAUUAGCAGCGAUGCCGUUGAAGAUCAGGAAAGUGGUGUCCAUGUGCGGGUCUUUCGCAAUGGCAAUGGUGCUACCAACGAACGGGAUAGGAUUGUCCUGAACCGGGAGGGCAUCCUCGUCCAGGCCACGAAUCUGUUUGAGGUCAAGGACCCGAUCGAUAAGCAGCCCAUUUUCACCACCCACCGACCGCAGUACAAUAUUCCUGGCGGAGUGGAGGCGCUGCAGGCCAAGGUGGUGAGUGCCAGCGGCAUCGCGAGUCCCAUCGACGAGUCCCUCGUCCUCGAGAGCGACGGACGCAUGGCCAUCAGGGGCUCCGAGGGCGUCUACUUCGAUGCGGCAAGCGUGGACAUGCAGGCCGAGCAUCAUGUCCUGAUAAACUCCACGCAGGGCGCCACCAUCCUGGAGGCGGGCACAGGGAUCUUCCUGGACAUGGAGCGCAUCCCGAUCGUCAGCUCGGAACUGGGACUCCGCACGGGCAGCGUGCAGUACAAGAUCUGUGUGUGCAUGCCGCACGGCACCCUCUUCCGCAUCGCCAUUCCACGGGUGCACAACGGUCCCAAGAUUACGUGCGCCCACUUUAGCGGCAAGGACGAUCCCUGCGAGGUCAACUAAGCGGUCAACUAACUAAGAAAAUAAAGAGAGAUCGUCACGAUUAUCGUAUCCCUAAAA